GGGUGUUACUUAGCAAGCUUCCACUUUGCUUGGCCAAAGGGGAGAGUUUUGAAUAUAGAAAGGAGGCACAGUCAAUGCUGCAAGAAUAUGAAUGGCUGCUUGUAGUAGCAGAAGACUGGUAGGCUUGAAGAAGUCUGCAUCUUGAAGUGAUUUGAAAAUGUCCUUCUAUUAGCCAGCCAAAGUAGUUACAGCUACGACAGGGGAACAGAAAACUAAGAAAGAAAGAAAUUCUGGAUAGCCACGAUGUAUGAAGAUCGGAAAAACUGAAAAAGAAUCAGUAAAGCUUGAAGGGCAGUUAAGAGGACAGUGUGGAAAGAUAAGACAUGUCCUUAGUCUGAUAAUGAUGUUGACUUUUGGGUUAAAUUCCACAAUGUCAAAAUAAAAAAAGAUGCAACUCCACCAGAACCUUUCUUAAUGUAGGCAGGCUUCUUGGGUAGGUUAAGUAUAUUAGCAAAGAGGUAGUGAGGAUUGUUGACCUUUGCUGCCAAAAGUGUUAUAUUAUAACUGGACUCGAUUUGUCUUCCUUUCAAGCAAUUUUAUAUGACUGCGCUUUCAUACUUAAGCAAGAGGUGGUCAUUUCAGUCUUUGAAAAGAUGCAAGUACAAGAGAUUCUAAGGAAUUUACGCCUUCCAGAAUUUGAAGACUUCAGCCAGUUUUUCCGAAGCCUACCAGCUUCUACUUUGGUGGGAAUUGGUGCUUUUGCAGCUAUCAUUGCAUAUUGGCUUGUCAACCGUCCCAAAGCGGUAAAACCACCAUGUGAUCUUUUAAUGCAAUCAGAAGAAAUUGAGGGCUGGAAUGGUGCACGGAGAUCUGUAAUUGGUGACAGGACACAUUUGCUAACUCAUUACUAUGAUGAUGCAAGGACCAUGUAUGAAGUUUUUAGAAGGGGUUUUAAUAUAUCUGAAAAUGGUCCCUGCUUAGGAUUUAGGAAACCUAAUCAGCCUUAUCAAUGGUUAUCCUAUAAAGAGGUUGCUGAAAGAGCAGAAGCAUUGGGAUCAGGCUUACUCCAAAAGGGAUGCAAAUCAUCACCAAACCAAUUUAUUGGGGUCUUUGCACAAAACUGUCCAGAGUGGAUCAUUUCUGAGCUGGCUUGCUAUACCUAUUCCAUGGUUGUGGUUCCCCUGUAUGAUACAUUAGGCCCCGGAUCCAUUCGUUAUAUUAUUAAUACAGCUGAUAUUUCUAUAGUAGUUUGUGAUAAACCUGAAAAAGCCAGAGUCCUGCUAGAACAUGUAGAGAAAAAACAAACACCAGGCUUGAAAUCAAUUAUCUUGAUGGACCCCUUUGAAAAGGAUCUUAAAGAAAGAGGACAAAGAUGUGGAGUCCAAAUCCAGGCAAUGUUGGAAGUAGAGAAUUGUGGUCGGGAAUGCUGGCAUGCUCCUGUACCUCCUCACCCAGAAGAUCUAUCAAUUGUCUGCUUUACUAGUGGUACCACAGGUAACCCAAAAGGUGCUAUGCUGACUCAUGGAAAUGUGGUGGCUGAUUUUUCAGGUUUUUUGAAAGUGACAGAGAAAGUGAUCUUUCCGAGACAGGACGAUGUACUCAUCUCGUUCCUACCUUUGGCUCACAUGUUUGAAAGAGUGAUACAGUCUGUAGUGUAUUGUCAUGGGGGACGAAUUGGUUUCUUCCAAGGGGAUAUUCGCUUGCUGUCCGAUGACAUGAAAGCUCUGCGUCCCACCAUUUUUCCUGUUGUGCCAAGGCUGCUCAACAGGAUGUAUGAUAAGAUUUUUAGUCAAGCAGACACUCCUGUGAAACGUUGGCUUCUUGAAUUUGCUGCUAAUCGAAAAAAAGCAGAAGUCCAAAACGGAAUCGUUAGAAAUGAUAGUCUGUGGGAUAUGUUAUUCUUUAACAAAAUACAGGCAAACCUGGGUGGUUGUGUUAGGAUGAUUGUUACUGGAGCUGCUCCUGCUUCACCUACAGUUCUGGGCUUCCUUCGAGCGGCAUUAGGAUGUCAGGUUUAUGAAGGCUAUGGUCAAACAGAGUGUACAGCUGGGUGUACCUUCACCACUCCAGGAGAUUGGACCUCAGGCCACGUUGGAGCACCUCUGCCUUGUAAUUUAAUUAAACUGGUGGAUGUUGAAGAAUUAAAUUACUUUUCUUCCAAACGAGAGGGAGAGAUCUGUGUCAAAGGUCCCAAUGUUUUCAAGGGCUACUUAAAAGAUAAAGAGAGAACAGCUGAAGCCUUGGACAAGGAUGGCUGGCUUCAUACAGGGGACAUUGGAAAGUGGUUGUCUAAUGGGACACUCAAAAUCAUCGAUCGAAAGAAACAUAUAUUUAAAUUGGCUCAGGGAGAAUACAUUGCACCAGAAAAAAUUGAAAAUAUCUACAUUCGUAGUGAACCUGUCUCCCAAAUAUAUGUGCACGGAGAUAGCUUACAGGCUUUUCUGGUGGGGAUAGUUGUACCGGAUGCUGAAGUCAUGCCAGGCUGGGCCAAGAAAAGGGGCUUUGAUGGAACUUUUAUAGAGCUUUGUAACAAUAUGAAGCUGAAAGACGCUAUAAUGGAAGACAUGGUGCAAUUAGGAAAAGAAAGCGGACUUUAUUCAUUUGAACAGGUUAAAGCAGUUUACAUCCACUCUGAAAUGUUCUCAGUACAAAAUGGUUUGUUGACACCUACAUUAAAAGCCAGGAGAUCUGAGCUGAGAGAAUACUUCAAGAAACAAAUAGAAGACCUUUAUUCAAGUAUCUCCAUCUGACAGCACAGGGAGGUUCUUCAGAAUAAUAUACUCUGUAGCAAUAUUAGGAUAAUUUUGAAAAUGGGAAGGAUGCAGUUGACAUGAAUAAGCAUCUGACUUUCCACAUGAGCCUUCUGCUAUCCGAAGACACGGUCACUGAGUAAACACUUUGCCAUCUCGUUCUAGGUCCUAGAAGAUUGCAUAAACCAUACUGGACAACGAUUAAACUUUUUAAAAGUUCCACUCCUUGAAAAUAUUUGACAGGCCUUUCUUUAUUAAUGUGUGCAAAACUCCCUUAGCAAACAGGAAAGAAAUCUGCUUUUUGUGGGAUGCUCCUCUAAAUCUGGAUUCAGCCGUGCGAUCUGUAGGAUUUCCAGAUUUCUCUCUGGAUGGGUACUACUAAGAACUCUUUAGAAGCAGGAGGUUCUUGCCCUGAUUCACAGGUAUACAUCAUGCACGCAACUUCUUUAAGAGUUUGUCCUCCCAAGUACCACUGAGUGCAUAUGUAACCAAGAAUUCCUCAUUGCAACUGAGCUCUUAAAAUUCCCGGGAGAUAUCUGACAAAGACUAGUAGUCUACCUCAAAUAUUUUUUGAUGCUCAAAGCCACAAUAAAUCUAUUAACCUGAUAUGAGAACUGAAA